AUGGGCGAAGUAAUACCGCAACACUACUGCCUGCGCUGGAACAAUCACAAGUCGAACUUUGUGCUGGCGUUCGAGCAGCUGUUUGCCAUCGAGGCCUUCACCGACGUCACCGUGGCCGGCUACGACGGACCCGCCAUCAAGUGCCACAAAAUGGUCCUAGCCGCCUGUUCCGCCUACUUUCAGGAACUGUUUAUGAAAAAUCCCUGCGAGCACCCCAUCAUCAUACUCAGUAACGUCAAGCACAUCGAGCUCAGGUCGAUCCUCAACUACAUGUACAAAGGCGAGGUCAACGUCGAGCGCAACGAGCUCGACGAACUCCUCAAAGUCGCGACUUUUCUCAAGGUGAAGGGUCUGGCGAGGGAUUCGCAGGUCAAGUGCGAGGAGCCGGACAAUUCGAUCUCGCCGUCGCCAACGAUCGGCAACAGCACGACCAGCAGCGUGGCCCACAGCAGCGGCUACAUAUCGCCCAACCACCUGCCAGCAGCUGCCCCGAGCUUCCUCAACUGCAGCAGCACCGGUGGCAGUGGCAGUAGUGCCUCGAGCCAUAUACCCUACUGGGCGGCUUUCCCGGGCAUGACCAAGCCCAGCCACCACAUCUACGGCGACAGCAAGUCCCUGCCCGAGGCGCCCCACCUCGUUCACCACCAACCGCAGCACCCGGUGCUGAGCAGCACCUACGAGAACUUGACCGAGAGCUCGCCCCUCACCAAGAAGAAGCACUCGAGCCACCUGCACUCGAACGCCAUCCUCCGCAGCGUCUUGGCCGACAGCUCCCAACCGAUGGGCAUCGACCACCAGCAGUCCGAGCUCGGCCUCGAGCUGGCCUACAGCAACGCAACGAGCAGCAACGGGCUACUCCGCGACGCCGACAGGCGCAACAGCGCCGAGAUGUCCGAGGACGAGAGGCGGAACAACACCUCGCCCAGGAACAGCUACCACGCGCCGGUAAUAAAGUAAAAUGAAUGGGUUUCAGGUAACGGGGGAGGCUCGUCGUCGACGAGGCCCGAGUGGAAGCGGUACAAGCAGUACACGCGGGAGAACAUAAUGGACGCGAUGACCGCGGUGCGGGAGAAAAAAAUGAGCGCCCUCCAGGCGGCCCGACAGUACAAGGUGCCCUCGCGCACCCUCUACGACAAGCUCAAGAAGGCCGGGAUCUUACCAUCGCGCAGCAGCGCCCCGCGCGGCACCUCCUCUGCCCAGACCGUGGCCAGCGGCAUCGAGAGCAGCGCCUGCUUUCCCUACCCCUCGGGGGUCAACGGCAGCAUUUACGGCAACCGGCCGAGCGCGAUAUGCAGCGACGCCAUGUCCGAGCACGACGUCGACAUGAACGGCUACAGCAGCGACAACGGCUACGGCAGGGACAACGACCUCACGGGCAGCAGCAGCGUCGGCGGCGACAACGAGUCCCACGACGAGGUCAUGGACAUGUCGAGGCGCACGCCCAGUCCACCCCCGACCGCCCUGCUCAUGGCCCAACAGCACCAGCAGCAGCUCGUCGCCACUGCCGAUCUGAGCAUGGAGGACGAGGUCGAGGACCUCUCGGUCAAUCGCACCCCUAGGCUCGAGGCUGGCGGCUUGAACGACGUCAGUGUCAUCGUGCCGACCGUCAAGAACCUGGGGCUCAAGAAGGAGGAAGAGCCAGGCGACGAGGACACCUUGGCUCGCGUCUGA